AUGCCGAGGGUGCUGUGGGGUGUCAGGGCCACCUUCACCUGCCUCCUGCUCCUGCUGCUUCUCGCCGGCGCGGAGCUGAGGCCCCCCGCGUGGGGCGAGGACAGGCUCCAGCUGGAAGCCAUCAAAACGGGGAUCCUGGAGCGGUUGGGGAUGCCUGCUCCCCCCGUGAUCCUGCAGCAGCUGGACCAGGAGAGCAUCCGGCGAGCGCAGCAGCUGUACCGGCAGAAAGUGGCCGAGCUGAUGGGGAACCGGAGCCGGGAGGAAGAGGAGGAGGAGGAGGAGGGAGCCAUGCCCGGGACCAGGCGGCUGCAUCGCCUGACCCCCACGCUGCUGCACUGGCUGGACACCCCCGGGGGACACCAGGACCCCCCAGGACACCCAGACCCCCUGGGAGACCAGGACCCCCGUGCUCCCUACCGUUACCAUCUCCUCCUCUCCCGCACCGAGACUUUCCAUCGGCAGCUCCGGGUGGUGCAGGCAGAGCUGAAACUCUUUAAGCAGCCGCUGGAAUCCCCCGGCAUGUCCCCUCUCGACGCCUCAGUGCCUCCCCGGGUCAGCAUCUAUACUCUGGAGGGGGCUCACGGGACCCCCCGGCUCCUGAGUAGCCAAGAGCUGGACCGUGACGCCACGAGCCUGGACCUCACGGUGGCCGUCCAGCCCUGGGCUGCCGGUCCUGAGGACACGCUGCUCCUGGAGCUGGCCUUCACAGCCAAUGUCUCAGCCUUGCUGGCCACCUCAGGGGGCGAGACGCUGGUGUUGGAGGUGGAAACCCAUGAGACCACAGGUCGGGGGGCCAGGAGAGCCCGGGGGCUGGAGGAGGAGUGCGGGAAGAGCGAUGGGAAGUGUUGCCUCAAGUCGCUCAAGGUCUCCUUCCAGGACAUCGGCUGGUCGGACUGGGUCAUUGCCCCCAACAGCUACUACAUGAGGUUCUGCGAGGGUUCCUGUCCCCACAACUACAAGCCAGCCAGCAUGCACGCCCAGAUCAAGGCCCGCAUGCACUCCCUCUCCAAAGCCACCCCGCCGCCCUGCUGCGUCCCCGCCGGCUACGACCCCAUGGUGCUGAUGCACUACGACAGCGAGGGCAGGCUGGUGUCCACCCUCUUCGAGGACAUGCUGGUCACCAAGUGCCACUGUGCCUGAUGGCAUCGCCUCCAGCU